UGAUCGACAACCACCAUCCACAAUCCACGACUGCUAUACCCUUCCAGCUCGUCGUGCUAAAAUGAAGCUCGUAAGGUUUUUGAUGAAAUUGAACAAUGAGACGGUAACAAUCGAGCUCAAGAACGGAUCCGUGGUCCAUGGAACGAUCACUGGUGUCGAUAUGCAAAUGAACACGCACCUGAAAACCGUCAAGAUGACGGCGAGAAAUCGUGAACCGACAUCUUUGGAUUCAUUGUCUAUCCGGGGAAACAACAUUCGAUACUUUGUUCUACCCGAUGCGUUGCCUCUGGAUACUCUACUUGUGGACGAUGCUCCCAAGCCAAAGAGCAAGAAGAAAGAAGAUGCGCGGGGCCGUGGGCGCGGGGUGCGCGGUGGUGAUAGAGCACGAGGCAGGGGACGAGGGCGGGGGAGGGGGAGAGGCUUCUGAGUAUGAUUUUUUACUCCAAGCACGAGUGCGUUGUGGGCGUAUUUCUUCCAAUGCUUUUGACUCUGUGCAGCUCGCAUCGACACCCCUGCUUUGUACAAUUACUUCCAUUUUUUGAGGGAUCACUGGUCCCUUCAUGUACUUUGUGACUUGCUCACUUAACGAGAAGUUUUUAUCUCGUCUGCCUAAAUUUGCGGU